AUGUCUUACACUUAUGUUUAUGAGCAGCCCUAUGAGUCGAAAGUCCUACGCAGCCCUAACAUCGAUGGAUAUCCCGAGGCGCAGCUUUUGCUCAGCGAACAUCAGCACAUCAUGACCAGUUAUACACUGCGCGCCCUUGACGAAAUUAAUAAUAGAAUAAAGUAUAGGCCUCAACCAGAAGAUAUUCCAGUUCAGCUUCCUGAAGACCUCUCGACGGAUCAAUUCCUGGGUAUCUUGCUGGCAAAGAUUGAGAGCAACCAGGCCAACCUUUACAACGCAAUAAAGACUGAAUCAAAUGAAAACAUAUGGCCUGGAGUACUAGACAUUAUCAAGAAAGGGUAUUUCUUAUCCAAGUUAGGCAUGCACGGCUUGUUUGCCCUAGAUGCCCGCCAGACAGCAGAUUCCAAAAAGCGCGCGCUCGAGUACAUUCGAAUGUCAGCGCUGUACCAGAAUCAAACUGGUAUCAUGACUGCAACCUUUGCAUUAUCCAACGGAGACAUUCAUCUUGAAUCGGAGGUCCCGAUACGAUUGAACCUGACUCUACUCGCUCUCUCGCAUUCGUCUCUGGCAUUCAGGCGCCUGCACUCCACCUGGCCGGAUCUCUAUGCGAUUGUUUGCAAAGUGAUCCGAGAAAGGGGUCUAAGUUGUCUUAACGAAGUGAAGACCAUUCACCCCGGUCUACUCGACAGUCAGCGGCUAGUGAGGGCUUAUUGCGCUCAAGCUGCGCCUCCCAGUCUCACUGGAUUGAGACCACUCCAUCUUGGCGACGCUUUGGAGAUCGGAGCUACCGAAUUGAUCAGAGAUAUGCUUCAAUCCCCCGAUCAUGUUUUGAUCAAAGAUGAGGAGCAGACUAUCUAUAACUUAUUCCAUAAGCUUGGCAAGGUCCCGGAUGUCCAAGCUGCCGCACUUUGUCGGACUGCCUACGAACGAGGAGCGAGUCUCGAUUGUCUUGUUGAGAUGGAUCUGAGUGACAAACCUGUAUUUGAGGAUAAUUCCACGCCUAAUACCCCUCUGUGUGUGGCCCUUGGAAGAGGACAACCGAUCCUCGCGAUGGAGAUUUUUUGCCUCCACGUCGAGUUCAAUGUGCCUAUAAGGCAAUUUGCCUUGGCGCUAUUCUUGAGUUUCGUAUAUCAUUUCCCAGCGGUAGGAGAGGCCCUACUGAGAUUGUUCCAAGAUAAUCCCGCUAUGUGCCUCGAGGAUGACAUUCACACGAAUACUUUGCCAGAGGUGACCAUGGGCUCUAUGGCAAGUAAAAUUGCACGGAGUAUGAUGAACUCGGUAUCUAUGGCAGCCAUACUUUCGGAUAUCAUGUUCACGUCUAUGCUUCCGCCAAACAAAUAUGUCUCAUUGAUGUUACAUGGAGGCGAACAUGAGGAUGCCUAUAUGAGGACCCAAAAUCUUUUAUUAGAUGAGGGUGCUGAUCCCACAUUGGGGGCGGCCACCGAGACAUCUUUAGGCCUUUCCAUCGUCGCUGAUGAUAUAAUGUCAUUGAAAAGAUUUAUCGAGUAUAUGGAGAUCACAGCCAUCAAAGAGGCUCGCAAGAGUGUGAAUGACACCCUUUUGGCUUCCUUGAAUGACCCAUGCAAUUUGAUUAGCUUUCAAUACAUGACGCUAGGCGCAGAAGCUGAGAAAGCCUCGGUCAACGAGACGUAUAGGUACCGCUGGGAGUAUAUGUACACUGCGCUAGCUUUGUGUCUAAGACAUGGCUCAUUGGCAUGCUUUGAGUUCUUGCUCAAUAAAGUUCCCAGUCUUGUUAACAUAGAGGUAGAUCUUCUGGGAAGAACUCUGCUGCACAGGGCCUGCUCCGGCGUUGAAAAAAAGGUUCACAAUGUCAUGGACUAUUCCGACGAAAAUGUCCCAUUCCUCAUGGCCCUAAUUACUCGGGCCAGCUUUUCAGGAGGUUCCAGUGUGGAUUUCGUUGACUUGCUGCUGAAGGCUGGGGCAGAUGUUAUGGCGACAGACAGCCGCGGUCACACGGCAGUGUUUUGGGCGUUGCAACAGGCGAACAUUCCCGCAGCUGAUAUGAUAGCGUCACAUUGCUCACAGGAUCAACUCAAACAUUUGUUGCGACGCGAUUCAUCCACUGGGGAUUCGAUAUUUGCAGCUCUGAUUAGGUUCGAGUUUGAUGGUGACUCAAUUCUCAGUGCCCUAGGUGAUCAUCGACAACCAAGACUAGUUGAGAGCUUUCAGUGGCUUCAAGAGCGAGAAGCGGUAUACUUACGUGGGCCUGGGGAUAUGCCGGUCUGGGUCUGGAUUUUAAAUCACCAGCGGUCUCGCCGUGCAGAUGAAUUGAUGGAUGCCAACAUCAUGGAAUAUCUGAUAGAUGUGCCUUUAUUUGCAGAGAGCCUACGAACAGAGCGAUACAAGGGGUUCUCAUUGCUUCAUUCUGCUGUCUGGCAUGGCAAUGUGGAGAUAGUUCAGUUGCUCCUUGCUAGGAAAUUUGAUCCCAAUGUCACUGCCAAAGUUGAGGCUGGACGGGCUGGUUUGAUAUCGGGCACACCUCUUGACAUGCUUGCUCACUUUAUUGGAUCGAACAGAAACCCAAGCGGGAUUGUCGAAGCCAGCGAGUCUGUUGUCAGAAGAUGGCAAGGCAAGCUGCUGGACAUCGCCAACAUGCUCCUAGAUCAAGGCGGGAGGGGCGAGACAUUUGAAGAAGCUCGACGGUUCUCAAGUUUCGUCAACAACGCCCACAAGAGUAGCAGCAGCAGUGAAGACUUGGACGCCUUUCUUAGGCUUCUCCAGACUAUGGAAGUACCAGCUCAGUCUCUCCAACUAGAGAAUAGACUAGAAAUGUGGCCAAAGCCGGUGCCCUCCGAUGAUCAUGUCGACGUUGUACCCGACGGUGAAGGCGCCGCCUUGAUGACCUUUAACUCGCUAUAUGACGUUAACCUCAAUGAGAUUGAGAUUAUUGCAGACGCCUUCAGGCGUCUAGACCUAAGGCGCCGAGGACAGCCGGAAGAAAAACAGAUUUUACUUCUUGAAGGUCUCCAAGCAAGGGCAGUCAGAGGUCAACAUCUUGGAACUGAAAAUGGCAAAACUAUCACAGAGAGCGUGAAUACCAUUUCCGGGUCUCGAAAGCGGACGGCGGAAUUUGACAACGGAGACAACAACCUCCCAAAAGGAACACCGAGACUUCAUCAUGCGGUCAAGCAGGGACAUCUGGGUGCACUUAUGGAUGCACUUGACUUUACUGCCGACGUAGAUGCAGAGGAUGCAGAGGGACGAUCCGCGUUAGAAUUCGCGGUUCUUCUUGGGGCAACUCAAGAAAGAAAUGGGGUGAUCGAAACGCUUCUCCAAGCCGGUGCGGAACCGAACAGAACACCGCCACGGGAAGCUUUAUCUCCAACAGCACACAUCACACCAGCUUUGCAUCUCUGUAUCAUGUUACGCGAUGAUCCAGAUCUCGUAGAGACCUUGGUCACAGCCGGGGCAGACGUGAACAUGCUCGACAGCGAGAAACAGAGUCCGUUGAUGUUAUCUGUGACUUUUAGCCGUAUGGUGACGAUGGGCGUCCUUCUGCAUGCAGGCGCAGAUAUCAGCGAACGAAAUACAAAGGGCCAGUCUCUUAUACAUGUUUUUGUUAUUGAAGACCAACCAAGAAUCCUGUCACUUCUGUUCGAACUUCUCUCCAAUAAGCAAGUUGAACCGGGCCAGAAACGACUGGUCGACGCUGGAACGGAGAGUACUGGUCUCCCAGGCGGUGAUGAAACUGACGGAUACGCUCCCCUUCAUUUUGCGGCACGGGAUGGGAAUAUCAUGGUUAUGGCACUUCUCAUCAACGAAGGCAGGGCGGACCCAAACGUGCAGGACAAAGAGGGCCGCACCCCGCUCCACCAUGCCGUGGUCGACGGUACUGUCGCGGCGGCAGAGAUGUUAAUCGAUGUUGCUAGUGCAAACGUGGACAUGCGGGAUAUCUACCAGGCCACACCCCUAGUGAUGUGGGUCACAAAAUACAUGUAUGGCAAGGAGGGUGCGGAUGUGCGUACACGGGAUCUAUUACUGGCAAGAGGUGCCGAUGCAGAUCUUGUGAUGGAAUUUCAGUACUUCAGACGGGUUGAUGGUGAGCCGGGUUGCUUUCAUUAUUAUGUAGGUAAAGGUGAGGAGAGGGAGCAGUUACAAGUCAGUGUGAUGAUGGAUGCAAAUGGUGAUCUCUGGGUUGAAUGUGAUCAGAAUGCGUUGAAUAUUUAG